CUUCACGGUCUGCCCUACCCAGAACUCCGAGGCCUGCUGCCCCUCGGGCAACUUCACCCGGAAUCAAGGGGAUCUCGAAUUCUUGCCGUUGAGUGCGAAGUCGUUAACUCCGCUUACUCGCAUUAUAUCAAUAAAACGCCUCCAUGGCCACCCCCGAAGAGAAAGCUCGAGAUGCUGGGCCUCCCAAGGUCUUCGCCGUCGGCAUGCUUCGCACAGGCACGUACUCACUCGCAGCCGCCCUCUCUGAACUUGGCUUCAAGCACGUCUUUCACGGUCUGAAUUCCCGGACGAAACCAACGCACUGGGCAUUCUUCGAGCGAGCCGCCAUUACAACUUGGCCUGAAGUCAACGCGAAGGGCCAGUCUGCUCCUACGCCAUUCAGUCGAGAAGACUGGGAUGAACUCUUUGGGCCGUACGACGCGGUGACGGACCUGUCGUGCUUUUGGGCACUGCAGCUGAUUGAUGCCUAUCCCGAAGCCAAGAUCAUUCUCACGGAACGCGACUUUGAUAAGUGGUUUCCGAGCUUCGAUAGCCAAGUCAUCCAACCGCUGUUCGGACCAUGGGUCGACUUGUUUCUCAAGGGUGUAGGUAUAGUGAUUGGCAACAGGGCUGGAUUCGCAAUGCAGAAGACUCUCAGCGGUUUCUUUGGUGGUGCUCGUACGAUCGAGGAGCUGCAUCGCCGAGCGCCGGAAGUCUUCCGAGAGCAUUCAGAGCGCAUCAAGGCUCAUGUAGCGCCCGAGAGACUCUUGGUGUAUCGCGUCGGCGAGGAUGGGUGGGAGCCUCUUUGCGAGUUUCUUGGGAAAGAAGUGCCUAAAGGCAAGGCGUUCCCGACGAUAAAUGACAAGGCUUCGCAUACUGAGUCGGACAGAGUCAUACGCCGAACAGCUUGGAUCCAGGCUGCUCGGACGAUUGCGCCGUACUCUGUUGCCAUCACGGCUGCGUACGUAGGGCAUGUCUAUUGGAGCCGCAUCGCGUAAAGAUAGCUGAAAGUCGCGGAGAAAACUCAAUAUAGUAUGGAAUGAGACUCGAGGAUGAUUGUGAAACGUUGAAUCAAUUGAAACCAGAUCCGAUGUGAUGCCAUGUUGUCUUGAUGCCGAUUCGUGGUGACAGGAGAGACGAGGAAGCGAUAAGAUAAGAUGGCG